AUGGCACGAACUGCGCGACUACUCCUGAACUCCUGGCAGCCGUCCCUCAAAACCUCUGCUCUGUUGCCUUCUCGAUGCUUACGAACGCCCACCCGGCCUGAAAUCGUGGCGAAACAAGCUCUUCGCUCGACCUUCUCUACUUUCACAGUUCGAAGAGCUGAAGCUGCAGUCAGCACGCCGAAGACCGCAGCCCCCUCGAAAGAUUCAGCACCAAACGGGUCGAAUAUACAGCCCUCGACUGGCUUCGACGACCAGCCGCUUGAUACCCAAGCAGAUGAUCCAUCCCGAGUUGACUGGACGCGAUCCUUUCACGGGCUCUCCGCCGAACCCUUCUCGAAGGAAGCUGCCGAUAUCCUGCAAGCACCAAUCGACCCUGAAGAUAUCGAAAUCAAGCCUGAUGGCAUAGUAUACCUGCCUGAGAUCAAAUACAGACGGAUUUUGAAUAGGGCAUUCGGUCCCGGAGGCUGGGGUCUCGCCCCGAGGGGGGAAACAAUUGUUACGGAUAAGUCUGUGACUAGAGAAUAUGCAUUAUUGGCCCACGGAAGGCUGGUGUCAAUUGCGCGGGGUGAGCAACAGUAUUUCAACAAAGACAAUAUACCGAUGGCCUCUGAAGGCUGCAAAUCGAAUGCAAUGAUGCGAUGUUGUAAAGAUCUCGGCGUUGCCAGCGAACUUUGGGAUCCUCGCUUCAUCAGAAAAUUCAAAGCACAACAUGCGCGCGAGGUAUUUGUUGAGCACCAGGGCACAAAGAAGCGAACCAAAAUAUGGCUCCGCAAGGGCGAUCCUGUGACAUAUCCAUACGCUGAACUCAAGAGAUGA